AUGAACGGUGUCAAUACGAUUCAGGUCUCAUUCUUCACUUCCGCCCACGCCCACGCCAGUUUCCCUAUGUUUUUGCCCAUUUUUGCGAAUUUCUUCGAAAUUUUCCAUGAAUUACGAAGAAUUAUUCUCACUUUCAGGCGGAUUUCCCUCCAAAAACCCUUUUUUUUGCAGAUUAUCGGCGGGAACGAUGGAAAUCUGAAAAGACCGCUUCCCGGACUCUUGGAUGGUGGGUCUCGCCGCGAAACGCGCUACCGUACUGAAAAUGAGCGAAGUGCACAAAGCAAAAGAAAAAAUUUGCAUGUGUUGCGUCAAGUUUACGCUUCCCCCGUUCUCCAAUGCACUUUUUUUUAUCAUUUUUCUCUUCAUUUUCACCGCCAAAACUGGUUUUUCGUCCUCUUUGCCGAUCACGGACAAUCAGUUCGUUUCGGGCACGCCGCCCUGAUCUUUUCGUUUUUUUUAUACUCGAAAAUGGUUUAUGCGCGGGAAAAUUCUGGAAAUUUGCUAAAUUCUGUUUGAUCUACCUGUUUUCUUCACUGUUCGUGUUGUUUUGAAUACUCUUGGCCAUUUUUUGCCUGAAAACUUGUAAUAUUGCGUUCAUGCAGCUUCCGCGUGAGUUUUCCACAUUCCGCAAACAGAAUCACGCUAAAAUUCACGUUUGAGCUUCAACUGUAAGCAAAUUCUCAUAAAUGUGAUUUUUGCAGAUUCAGGAGACCUUAUACCGGCGAAAAAAGUAUCGGAAGUCGGAGUAGUGAACAUGGGCGACGUGGACAAAGUCACCGAAGUUUACCAGGUGCCGGAGAAGGUCGUUGGACUCGGUAAGUGCCAUUUUUGAUAAAAAAAACCAUUUUCAAAUCUUCGAAACAUUCUGCUUUAAUUUAAAGUAACUCUCAAUUUGCAGUGAUCGGAAAAGGCGGCAGCGAGAUCCGUCAAAUCCAGCAAAACAGCGGGUGCCGUGUGCAAAUGGACCCGGACCACCAGUCCGUGAACGGAUUCCGCAACUGUACGAUCGAGGGACCGCCUCCGAACGUCGCGUUGGCGCGGCAGAUGAUCUCGCAGGUCAUCGCGCGCAAUCAGGUCGGAGGACCGGGUGGCCCACAGGGACCGCCUCUCCAGCCAUUGGGUACGUAUUUUCGGGGAAAACGUAACUGUUCAUUAUUUUUUCAUUUCAAUCACAUUUGCAGGCGGCGAAAUCACGGAGGAGAUGCUGAUACCGGCUGAUAAGUGCGGAUUGGUGAUCGGAAAGGGCGGCGAAACGAUCCGAACGAUCCAGGAGCAGUCGGGGCUCCGCUCGUGCUCGGUCGUGCAGGACUCGACAACGACGACGGGCCAGCCGAAGCCGCUGCGAAUGAUCGGAACGCCGGCGGCCAUAGAAACGGCGAAAGCUCUGGUGAACAACAUCAUGAACCAGGGGACGACGGGCCUUCCGAGCACCGGAGGACACCGAUUCGGAGGGGGCGGGGCCGAGGCGCAGGCGAAGGGCGAGGUGAUCGUGCCGAGAUCCUCGGCCGGAAUGAUCAUCGGACGCGGAGGCGAGACUAUCAAGCGGCUCGCACAGGAGACCGGCACCAAGAUCCAGUUCAAACCCGACGGUGAGACACUUCGCACACUGAUUUCAAGUCUUUGACUCAAAUUUGAACUUUAUAUCGAAAAAAAAAAAUAUAUUCGUGUUCUUGCAGACGAUCCGAAGUCGGACGAUCGCGUCGCGAUAAUAAUGGGCACGCGCGACCAAAUCUACCGAGCCACGGAGCGAAUCACCGAAAUUGUGAACAGAGCGAUGAAAGUGAACGGUCCUGGCGGCGGCGGCGGAAUUGGCGGCUCGAUGCACUCGAUGGGUGGAAUAGGUGGCGCCACGCAAGUGUUCUACAUGCACGUGCCGGCCCACAAAUGCGGCCUCGUCAUCGGAAAAGGCGGCGAGAACAUCAAGCAGAUCGAGCGAGAGACGGGCGCCACGUGCGGACUCGCGCCCGCUUCCGAGCAGAAGAAAGAGGACGAGAAGGUGUUCGAGAUCAAGGGAAACGCGCAGCAGAUCCACCACGCCGCCCAUCUCGUCAAGAUAAAAGUGGGCGAGCUGGCGCCGAACACGCCCGUUCCGCCACUUCAAGGCGGAGGAGGAUUCCAGCCGAUGCAGCAGCAGCAAAUGUACGGAAGCGGCGGAGGAUUCGGAGGGGGACCGGCCGGAGGCAUCGGAACCGUUCAGCCGCAGUUCAUGCAGCAGCAGCAGCCACAGAACCAGCAGUUUGGUAGGUUUCGGUUGUAA